CUGUUUUUUCAGCCCCUAUGUCUUCGUGCGUCGUCGUUUACCUCCGUACUUACUAGCCAGUCGUUCGUCUGGACGAUGAUUGACAAUAAUGGCGACGCGUUUAUUCUGAGUUGACACAAGGGAACCACCAGACAAAGAAAAGCUCUCUGAUAUACAUUCAAUACUUAAGGAUACGUUAACACCAAAAGGACCGCAUCUGUUUCAUCGAUAAGUACUCGCCAGCAAAGCAAAGAUUAGCUUUGUAGCGCAACAUUAGCUAGCUUCUCAGCUAGCUAGCUUGCUAAGUUGAAGAGGUGGCAUUCUUGUGUGUGGAGUGGAGAAGGGACAGCCAGGUUGACUGCUAAGAUAUUGCUAGCUGGCGAUGUGGCAGUUCCCAUGGUUUUUGUGGUGAUCAGUUUUUCAUCUGGGUAAGCAACACGGGGACGAGACGCCAACGCUUAAGUUAGCAAGUGAGAAUAGUUUUGGGAAGAAAGUCCGUGCUGUUCAACAGCCUCCUUAGGUAGCUAGCUACCUAACGAGCUAGCCUUUGUGGCUUGUUCCCAGCCUCUUUCCUGUUAAGACUUGCUCGUUGCUGCUUUAUAGAAAUAGUUCCUUGGCGCACCGGUUGCUGGCUAGCACAGAUAGCUGGCUGGCUAAUUAAUAAAAAGAAAAUUGCUGUGGCAUUGUGAGAUCUUUUCGUCAAUGACCACCGGCAGGAAUAAUCGAGUGAUGAUGGAAGGAGUUGGGGCAAGAGUGAUCCGUGGACCUGACUGGAAAUGGGGGAAGCAGGAUGGUGGAGAGGGACAUGUUGGCACCGUGAGGAGUUUCGAAAGUCCAGAGGAGGUGGUAGUUGUCUGGGAUAAUGGGACGGCUGCCAACUACCGCUGCUCUGGUGCCUACGACGUGAGGAUAUUUGACAGUGCUCCUACAGGUAUCAAGCAUGAUGGGACCAUGUGUGACACCUGCCGCCAACAGCCCAUCAUCGGGAUUCGCUGGAAGUGUGCAGAGUGCACCAACUAUGACCUGUGCACAACCUGUUACCAUGGAGACAAGCAUCACCUGAGACACCGGUUCUAUAGGAUCACCACUCCUGGCAGUGAGAGAGUCCUUUUGGAGUCACGUCGCAAGUCAAAGAAAAUCACAGCCAGAGGCAUCUUUACUGGUGGCCGAGUGGUGAGAGGAGUGGACUGGCAGUGGGAAGACCAGGAUGGAGGCAAUGGGAGGAGAGGAAAGGUGACAGAGAUCCAGGACUGGAGUGCAGCCAGCCCUCACAGUGCUGCCUACGUAUUGUGGGACAAUGGGGCCAAGAACCUUUACAGAGUUGGCUUUGAGGGAAUGUCGGACUUGAAGUGUGUCCAGGAUGCCAAAGGAGGCUCAUUUUACCGAGACCACUGUCCCGUGCUAGGCGAGCAGAAUGGCAACAGAAAUCCUGGAGGUCUUCAGAUUGGAGACCUGGUCAACAUUGACCUGGACUUAGAGAUUGUCCAGUCCCUUCAACAUGGCCACGGAGGGUGGACUGAUGGUAUGUUCGAGACCCUCACUACCACUGGCACUGUGUGCGGCAUAGAUGAGGAUCAUGACAUCGUGGUUCAGUACCCCAGUGGGAACAGGUGGACAUUUAACCCAGCGGUGCUAACAAAGGCCAAUGUGGUGCGUAGUGGUGAGGUAGCAGCCGGGGCGGAGGGAGGCAGUUCCCAGUUCCUAGUGGGAGACCUCGUCCAGAUAUGCUACGAUAUCGACCGCAUCAAGCUGCUGCAGAGGGGCCAUGGAGAGUGGGCUGAGGCGAUGCUGCCUACCCUAGGCAAGGUGGGUCGUGUGCAGCAGAUCUACUCUGACAGUGACCUCAAAGUUGAGGUUUGCGGCACCUCAUGGACAUACAAUCCCGCCGCUGUCACCAAGGUUGCCCCUUCAGGCUCAGCUGUCAGCAAUGCCUCAGGAGAGCGUUUGUCUCAGUUGCUGAAGAAACUGUUUGAGACCCAAGAGUCUGGAGACAUCAACGAAGAGCUUGUCAAGGCAGCGGCCAAUGGAGACCUGGCCAAGGUGGAGGACAUCCUCAAGAGACCUGAUGUGGAUGUGAACGGGCAGUGUGCUGGACACACUGCCAUGCAGGCAGCCAGUCAAAAUGGUCACGUGGAUGUGCUCAAACUGCUGCUCAAACACAAUGUGGAUCUGGAGGCUGAGGACAAAGAUGGAGACCGGGCGGUGCACCAUGCAGCCUUUGGUGAUGAGGGCUCCGUCAUUGAGGUGCUACAGAGGGGUGGGGCUGACCUGAACGCCAGGAACAAGCGCAGACAGACACCACUACACAUCGCUGUGAAUAAGGGCCACCUACAGGUGGUCAAAACCUUGCUGGAUUUUGGCUGCCACCCCAGCCUCCAGGAUUCAGAGGGAGACACACCUCUGCACGAUGCCAUCAGCAAGAAGAGAGACGACAUGCUUUCAGUGCUGCUGGAGGCUGGUGCCGACGUUACAAUCACCAACAACAACGGCUUUAAUGCCCUGCAUCACGCUGCCCUGCGAGGAAACCCCAGUGCUAUGCGCGUGUUGCUGUCCAAGCUGCCAAGGCCCUGGAUCGUAGACGAGAAGAAGGACGAUGGUUACACCGCGCUGCACCUGGCCGCCCUCAACAACCACGUGGAGGUGGCCGAGCUGCUGGUGCACCAGGGCAGCGCUAGCUUGGACAUCCAGAACGUCAACCAGCAGACAGCCUUACACUUGGCCGUGGAGCGUCAACACACUCAGAUUGUCCGGCUGCUGGUGCGGGCAGAGGCCAAGCUGGACGUGCAGGACAAGGACGGUGACACACCACUUCACGAGGCAUUGCGCCACCACACACUGUCCCAACUGCGACAGCUUCAAGACAUGCAGGAUGUCAGCAAAGUGGAGCCAUGGGAACCCUCCAAGAACACGUUAAUCAUGGGCUUGGGCACCCAGGGGGCAGAAAAGAAGAGCGCAGCAUCUAUCGCCUGCUUCCUGGCAGCUAAUGGAGCAGACUUGACGAUCCGUAACAAGAAGGGCCAGUCCCCUCUUGACUUGUGUCCUGACCCCAGUCUCUGCAAGGCUCUGGCCAAAUGCCACAAGGAGAAGAGCAGUGGCCAGGUGGGCUCCCGCAGCCCGUCACUGAACAGCAACAUCGAGUCCCUGGAGGAGUGUAUGGUGUGUUCAGACAUGAAGAGGGACACUCUGUUCGGGCCAUGCGGACACAUUGCCACCUGCUCACUCUGCUCACCACGUGUCAAGAAGUGUCUCAUCUGCAAGGAUCAGGUCCAGUCGAGAACCAAGAUCGAGGAGUGUGUAGUUUGCUCCGACAAGAAGGCAGCCGUGCUAUUCCAGCCCUGCGGUCACAUGUGCGCUUGUGAGAACUGUGCCAGCCUCAUGAAGAAGUGCGUACAGUGCCGGGCUGUCGUGGAACGCCGCACGCCCUUCGUUCUUUGCUGUGGAGGGAAAGGUAUGGAGGAUGAUGCCGCUGAUGAUGAUGAUGAUGAGGACCUUACAGGGAGCUCUAACUCAAUGGCAGGGGGAUCGCAGGAUCUUCUCCAGCCCAACAAUCUGGCGCUAAGUUGGUCUAGUGGAAACAUCCCAGCCCUGCAGAGAGACAAGGAUAACACUAACGUCAACGCUGACGUACAGAAGCUGCAGCAGCAACUCCAGGACAUCAAGGAGCAGACCAUGUGUCCGGUGUGUCUGGACAGACUGAAGAACAUGAUCUUCAUGUGCGGCCAUGGCACCUGCCAGCUGUGUGGGGACCGUAUGAGCGAGUGCCCCAUCUGCCGCAAGGCCAUCGAGCGCCGCAUCCUCCUCUACUAGAGCCCCCAAGACUCUGUCUCUCUCUCCCUCUCUAUCUCUAUCUCUCUCUCUCUCUCUCUCUCUCUCUCUCAGCCUACAGUGACCACGCCCACAAACCCCACAACCACACCAGCUGCUGCCGCUGCUCGACCAUCCUCACAGCUCCCGAGUCAGCCGGCCAAGGGCGUUCUCAAAUGUCUUAUUGUACACUACAAACGGUCUCUUAAGCGCUACGAUUGUGUCCAAAUGGAAUCCUGUUACCAAAAAAAAAAAAAAAAAAAAAAAAAAAACAUGAAGAAAUAAGAAUUGAGAUAUGCCAGUUCUGUUUUUCUGUUGUGUGUCCAAACUGCAGCCGGAAAGGUGCUUGCGUCACCGACCUCCCUUGUUCUCUCUCUUUCUCUCUCUCUCUCUCUCUCUCUCUCUCUCUCUCUCUUUCUACUUUAUAUGUAAAACCUCUUUUCUGCUAUCGUCUAAUCUGUGGUGGUUCCUUUGGACGCAGUUGAGGAGCAGGGGUCAAAUCCCAUCUUCGGGCUCCACUGUGCAUCAGCUUUGGGAAGCAGAGCGAAUUCAGAGGAGGGGAGGUCGAGGUCAGUCUUUUGUCACCCUGUAAUGUCCUCUGAUGCCAGCUGCAGUCUAGUUAUUAGCAUUUCUAUUGUAUUUGAAACCUCUUUAUGCAAGUGCAUCGGUAUCGGAAGCUACAGACGUGGAUAUUAAAAGUACUUAACGUUUCAUUUCAGUAUGACACGUUUGUGACAACACUGUGUGCACCACUCAAAAGGUUCAGCGUGUCUUUUAAUGUCUGUAUUGAGCUCAGCUGUUGCUGCCAGCUGUUCUUACAGUUGAAGACCAGUGGACAAAAGUUGGCAGUUUUGCACUAGCGAUUGUCCUCUCUGGUGGAAAAAAAUAUAUAAAUAUAUAUAUAUAUAAAUAUAAAAAGCUGAUUCAGUGUAAAGCUUGAGCGCUUUUCUGCACUGACUUUGCAGGCCCACUUAAGCUCACUGAUAAAACACUCGCAGAGCAGUCCAGUGGCUUGGUAGCACACCACACCUGUACCUUGUUUACCAAGCUCUACCAAGAACAGCGGCACACACCGGGUGUUGCAACACCCCCGUUUGGCUGCGGAUUCCAGCACAGCCUGUUGGGAUUCAAGGCAAACACAAACUCAUUCAGCUUCCUGUCGAGUGAACAGCCCCCGUCGUACCUGUUUGUUGGACACACAAGUUCACAUGAUGCAAACGUUUGUGUAACAAGAGUAUCUUGUCACGACUUAAUGUUAAACUAGGUGGUAUUGUCUGACAAAAAAAAAAGAAAAGAAAAAACACUACAGUUCUAUGAGCAUUGCUAAUUACCAUUGAUUACUCUGUGCCAUUCGCUUCCAAAAAUUUACUUGUUGAAUAACUUGUAUGGGGAUAAGGUGCUCUUUACCUUGUAUUACUUUUUUUAUUUAAAUAUAUUUCGUUUUACAAAAUCAACAUUUAUUGAGCUAGAGUGUACGAUCUAUUAGAACACAAAGUUGAAAAUGUAGAGAUUAAAUUAUUUUGUAUUGCAGCCCAAAAAAUAGGAUUUAUAGGUAUCACUGCCUCCUUAAUAUGUAGCCUCAAAAAUCUCUCAAACAUUCUGCUUUGAUAUUAAUGUUGAUGGUUUUAUUUGUCGUUGGGUUUUGUUUGGAGGUUUUUUUGUUUUUUUUUUUUUUGGCAACAGCUUUCUAGCAAUCAUCAAUACAAACUUCUUUCUUUGAAUCUUGUUUCUGCAAGCCUAACGUGUUCAUUUGUAAAAAGGAGAAGAAAAAAAAAAGACGUUUUGAUGUCAAGAUUCUCAUGUAUGUUUUCACCAGUGUUUAUUUGGGAGGAAAGCUAAUGGUUCUCAAGACGGAGCUUGCCUUACGUAUUUCAAAAGGCAGUUACCCACGUUGGAGAAUCAGUGAGGUCACUAGCCCGCUCCCCUGUGGAGGAGUUUGCCAGCGCAAACAAGCAAUUUUUUAGGACAGAAAGAAACUUUUUUGACUACCAGUUUUUAUUCUUUUCACUGAUCAUGAUAACACUUUAAGCUAGAAGCACUAAUACGCUUAAUGGUAGUGUUGUCUUGUUUUGAUUGUUAUGAGAGGCCUAUUUUGUACCUUACUUUCAGUACAUAUAAUUGUCCUGGUGGAAAUGUUUCAGUAGUAUUCUUUUAUUUGGCAUGAAUGUUUGAUGUAUGCAGUACGACAUGUAUCAUGGAACCCAUUCACUCUGUAUUCCUAAUAAGUGCUUUUAAAACAACCAUAUAGAUUAAAUAAAGUUCUAAAUGAACCUCGGGA